AUGCUUUUUGUUUGCCACGGUUUUCACUUAAUGGAUGAAAUAGUUUAUUGGGGUCUCAUGCUUGUCUUCACUGAGCUUAUGCGGUCGCUGCGCCAUAGAUUGUGCCUAUUGGCCACUUAUCUCCGAGUUGUAUGGCACAUACCAAUUAUGAGGAUAAUCAUAUGGUGUUCGAAAAAGCUUUUUUACUACUUUAUAUCAUUAAAUGAUGUACUGGCGUUUAUAAGUGUCAUUACAUUGGGCAUCAGUUUCGAAGGCCAUGUGCUGGGAAGAACCUUGACAUUUCUGCAAAUUUUAUUUGCUAUUACAUUGGACAACUAUCCGGGCCGCUUCAAAUUGGUGGUUUGCUCCACCAUAUCUUACAUCUUUGGAGUGCUUCUCUUUCCGGAAACAGAGCGGAAUACAAAUAAAGUGCUUCCAAAUCUUUGCCAGAUGGUGUUGCUAACAACUUGGACAACAGUACAAGAAGAGAGAUCGUUGAAAGCGUUUCUGGCGAAGGAUAUGCCAACCAGAGAAAAGAAGAAAGAACAAAAACAAAGCCGUAUCUAUUUCUGGUGUCAAUCUGCGUUCAGCUUUGUUGGCGUUGGAAUUUUUCUUUCACUCAAUCGGUUCUUGUCACAUGCCGAAUUUCGCAACCUCAAUGACCCAAUGUGCAGCGCCAUCUUCGAUGUUCUAACUGUCAUCCUAAUAGCAGUACUAAAAAGAUUUAUUGUUAGUGAAACUACUAACAACCAACUCUUGAACAGUCAUAAAAGUUCUCCACGUAUUGCGCCUCGCAUGGUUGAGUGUGUCCCUUCACUCGGUUUCUGA